AUGACGGACGCCGAGAACGCGGGCACUGCCGCCCGGACCAUGUCCAAGGAUGAAGGCCGUCUGCGCGAACUCGGAUACAAGCAGGAACUAAAGCGUGACUGGUCGAUGAUUCACAACUUUGGCGUCUCGUUCUCUAUUAUCUCUGUCAUUACUGGUAUAACGACGCUGUUCAGCUAUGGGUUGAAUACUGGCGGGCCGGGUGUCAUGUCCUGUGGCUGGCUGGUUGUUUCGUUCUUCACCAUGUUCGUCGGACUAGGCAUGGCUGAAAUUGUUUCUGCGAUACCAAGUGCUGGAGGGCCAUACUUCUGGGCCGCGAUUCUGGCACCCAAGGCCUGGGCUCCGUUCGCGAGUUGGGUCACAGGAUGGUUCAAUCUGCUGGGCCAAGUCGCCGUCACCACGGGCAUCACUUUUGGCUGUGCAGGACUGAUUUCCACCUUGGCAAGUAUCAACGGUUACGAGCCAACGGCAGGCAGAACUCUGGGCAUUUAUGCGGCGCUUUUGACCUCGCAUGGCAUAGUCAAUUCGUUUGGCGUACACAUUCUGCGGUACUUGAACAACAGCUCCAUAGUUCUGCAUUCUCUGGGAGUCUUCAGUUUCGCCGUGGCGGUUGUGGCUAAGGCUCCUCAUCAUCAGUCUGCCAAAUUUGUGUUUGCCACGUUCUACGAUGGCACUGGUGAUCCAGGCUGGUCCGUCCGGGCAUCUUCAGCCUACGUUGCCUGCAUUGGUAUCCUGAUGUCACAAUAUACCAUUACCGGGUUUGAUGCUAGUGCGCAUCUGUCUGAGGAGACGCAAAAUGCGUCCUGGUCGGCGCCCAUCGGUGUUCUCAUGUCGAUUGGCUGCUCUGCUGUGUUCGGAUGGUUUCUGAUCCUGUGCCUUUUAUUCAGCAUCCAGGAUUUCCAAGCCACCAUCGGCUCGGACUACGGUCAACCGGUUCUACAGAUCCUGGUCGAUGUCUUUGGCAAGACAAGCGCCAUCGUGCUCUUUGUCCUGAUUAUCGUGUGCGUUUGGCACUGUGGUCUGUUCAGCCUGACCUCCAACUCGCGAAUGAUGUUCAGCUUUGCUCGUGAUGGCGGCAUCCCUCACUUCUUUCAUAAAGUGGAUGCACGAUUCCGCAGUCCCAUCCGUGCUAUCUGGCUGGCUGCGACACUGGCAUUUCUUCUGGCCAUUCCCAGUCUUGGAUCAUCAGUCGCAUUCGCGGCGGCGACCUCGAUCGCCACCAUUGGCCUCUAUCUAUCGUAUGGGCUUCCUAUCUUGAUCGGUGUGAUCAAUCCUCAGGGGUUCAUUCACGGGCCUUUUAAUCUCAAAUGGGCAUCACGACCAGUGGCCCUGGUUGCCUGUUUGUGGAUUGGCUUCAUCACCAUCGUUUUCUGCCUGCCAGAGCUCAAUCCUGUUAACUCACAGACGCUCAAUUACACUCCAGUCGCGGUGGGGAUCAUCGCGGUAUGGUGUUUGGGCAGCUGGUUCUUGUGGGCUAGAAAGUGGUUCAAGGGACCCAUUCGACAAGUGGAGGCUGAGGUUGCUGGGGUCAAUGUUGAUGAUCCUGAUGCGAUGGACCGAGCUGAGCGAGAAGGGAGGAUUCCUCAACUCGACGACUCUCAAGGUGGCAACGAGAAGAGCCUGCUGGCCACUAUGAAGCAAAAUUACAAUUGA